GUAGCUUUAGUCUAGCGAAAACGCUCGCGGAUUGACUCUCUUCGUCGUUCGUCUUCUCUCUCCUUCUCGCCGACGGCCAUCAAUUCUACGCCGUCUCUCUCUAUUUUCCCUCCAGCAACAAAACCAGAAAUUUAGCUAGCAAAGUCUUAGAACUUAUCGUGGAUCAGUGUUAAUCACCAUGGUAAAUCACAGGCACAUACUCUCCGUCCUUGUGAUCGUUGGCUUUUUAUCAACCAUAGCUCAAUCAGUUCGAUUCGAUCUGCAAUCGGGUCACACCAAGUGCAUAGCCGAAGACAUCAAAUCCAAUUCCAUGACCGUCGGCAAGUACUCGAUCGUCAACCCCAACGAAGGUCAUCCCAUGCCCGAGUCCCACAAAAUCACCGUCAGGGUAACUUCGGCGUAUGGGAAUAACUACCACUAUGCGGACCAUGUGGAAUCGAGUCAGUUUGCGUUUCAAGCUGUGGAGGCUGGGGAUUACAUGGCUUGCUUUUGGGCAGCUGAUCACAAACCUCAGACAACGGUUACGAUUGAUUUUGAUUGGAAGUCUGGCGUGGCUGCUAAGGACUGGACCAAUGUUGCCAAGAAAGGAUCUGUUGAACAAACGCGCAAAGCAAUGUCUACUUAUCUUGUUCCAUCUAAAUCAGCAUUCUAUGAUAUUGAGUUAACAGAAAUCAGAGAUAAGGUUUUGGAAUUAGAGCUGAAGAAACUGCAUGAAACUGUUACAUCCAUUCAUGAUGAGAUGUUUUAUCUCCGAGAAAGGGAACAAGAGAUGCAGGAGCUUAAUAGAUCAACCAACUCCCGGAUGGCUUGGUUGGGUUUCUUUUCACUUGCUGUUUGUUUAUCAGUGGCAGGUUUGCAGUUAUGGCAUUUGAAGACCUUUUUUGAGAAGAAGAAGCUUAUAUAA